UUAAAUUCAGUAGAUGUCACAUUAAAAAGGUCGGUUUAGGUAUUCAAAAUUAUGCUCUCAAACUGAAAUCGCUUUAUAGUAACUGGUUUACUUAAUUCGCAAGUUCAGAAACACACAUAUUUGCUUAGAUUCAAGCAACAUGCCGCGUCAAAGGUCAAGUAAACCAACCUCAGCAGCUGGACGUCAAAGCACCAGAAGCAGCAGUACCAACAACAGUCGCACUCCAUUCACCCGCAAAUCAAGCAGCAACCUACCAACUGUACAGCCCAAAGCCGAGACAAAACCGGCAACAGUGCCAGCUCCAGCUGCACCUAGCUCUGGACGUUCGACAGGAGAUCUUAUGAAGGAUAUGGCAGCUACGGCAGCUGGUGUCGCUGUUGGCUCCGCUGUGGGUCAUGCCGUGGGCGCUGGCAUAACAGGAGCGUUCAGUGGAAGCGGUGGUCAGGCAGCUGCGCAACAGGCACCACAGCAAACAGCUCAGGCUGAUGAGCGCAAGCCACGCAGUGAACUGGUCGAGGAGGGACCUUGUGCCUACGAGAUUCGCCAGUUUCUCAAGUGCAGCGAGGAGAAUAGCGAUCUGACCGUUUGUCAGGGCUUCAAUGAGGCGCUGCGACAAUGUCGCCAGCGCUACAAUUUGUAGAGCAUCAUGAUAAGAAUCAAAGAAAUCAUUUUAAAAUCUACAACACAUCAACUCACAAGUUCUCUGGCCUUAUAAAUUAUUCAGCAGCCUUAUUAAUAAAUCGUUGAGUGGCUUCAGUCGUACAAA